AUGAAGGACUUGUACCAGCUUGCUGGCCGGAUUCUCGUUGCCCUUGGGAGUCUCAGUGUGCUCUCUGGAAUUCUUGGGUUCUUCCCUGUGUUUUCUUACAAGCUUUGGUUCACAGGAUGGAGUGUACGGAUUGCUUGCCCCAUCUGGAAUGGAACACUGGCCCUCACGGCAGGCGUGCUGCUACUGUUGGCUUACAAAGAAUGGACCCAGAGAUCCCUGUGGGAAGCUAGCUUCACCUUUGUGACUCUGAGCAUUAUGGGAUGUCCACUUCAUUUUGCAAUUGCCUUCGAAUCAGCUCUUCUUGGACCCUACUGCUUCUACUCAUUUUCAGGGAUUGCAGGGACCAAUUAUCUUGGUUAUGCAGUUGCCUUCCCUUUUCCUUAUACAAAAUUCCCAUCCAUUUGUGUGGACCCACCACACUAUGAAGAGUACCACUUGAUACUUCAAGCUGUUGACCUGUGUUUGAGCUUUUUCCUACUCUGUGUAUCCCUGACAGUGUUCAUAAAGCUUUCCAUAAGAUUUAUCCAAAAUGGACAUGUAGAUGCAAGUUCCAGCAAAGGAGGAGCCCAUUCUUGUUGCACUUGA